CAUCCCUACUGUCACCUUGCAGUGGUGGGUGGGGCUCACGGGCGGUAUGCGCAGAAGCUGCUGAAUGACCUGAUGGAGAACUACAACUCUGCCCUGCGGCCUGUGGACGACACAGACAAAGCUCUCAACGUCACGCUACAGAUCACUCUCUCACAGAUCAAAGAUAUGGAUGAGCGGAACCAGGUGCUGACUACUUACCUGUGGGUGCGUCAGGUCUGGUACGAUGCGUAUCUGCGUUGGGACAAAGAGGAGUAUGACGGGCUGGAAGUCAUCAGGAUCCCCUCAGAACUGGUCUGGAGGCCAGAUAUCGUACUUUACAACAAUGCUGAUGAGGAGAAUAAGGAUGGCCCUCCUGAGACCAAUGUAGUUCUGCGCUAUGAUGGUGAGAUCACCUGGGACUCUCCCGCCAUCACUAAGAGCUCCUGUAAGGUGGAUGUUGCCUAUUUCCCCUUUGACAGCCAAGAAUGCAACCUCACCUUUGGCUCCUGGACAUACAACGGAAAUCAGGUUGACAUCAUGCUGGACAAGGACAAGCAGGAAGGGGACCUGUCAGACUUUGUGGAGAACGUGGAGUGGGAGUGCCACGGCAUGCCGGCUAAGAAGAGUGUGAUCAUGUACGGCUGCUGCUCGGACCCGUACCCGGACAUCACCUACACGGUGCUUCUGCAGCGCCGCUCCUCCUUCUACAUCUUCAACCUGCUGCUGCCCUGCUUCCUCAUCUCCUUCCUGGCCCCGCUGGGGUUCUACCUGCCCGCAGACUCCGGAGAGAAGGUCUCGCUAGGGGUGACGGUGCUGCUGGCGCUCACCGUCUUCCAGCUCAUGGUGGCCGAGAGCAUGCCUCCCUCAGAGAGUGUGCCGUUGAUCGGGAAGUACUACAUUGCAACAAUGACCAUGAUCACGGCGUCUACGUCACUGACCAUCUUCAUUAUGAACAUUCAUUUCUGUGGGGCGGAGGCAAAGCCGGUUCCUCACUGGGCCAAAGUCCUCAUCAUUGACUACAUGGCCAAGCUGUGUUUUGUGUACGAGGUGGGGGAGAGUUGCACCUCACCUGGUGGCUCCAACAACCUCCUCUACACUGAUGAGCUCAUGGGCAGUGGCUAUCAAGAUGAUGCUUACUAUGGCAACAACUAUCAUGAGAGUGGUCACUAUGGAAACGGCCACUACAACCAAAGCCAUGACAAUGGAAACUACCGCCACCACAACCACCACAACAACCUUAGCGACGGCCGUGUCCAGAGGAAUGGGCCACAGAGGGGAGGGGACAGGAGGGGACGAGAUCCACCCAUGCCACAUAUCAUGCGAGACUCAAACGUCCACAUCCCCGCUUACGAUCCAUUAGAGGAGAAACUGAAGGCCAGUGAUCUGUCCAUCCCUGAGAAACUACAGGCAUAUGGCUACAAUCAAGGCAAUGACUUCAGCCAUGAGUGUGCUUACAGAAGUAGCAACAGUUAUGGCAAUGGAGGCGCAGUCCAACGGAGCUGCUCUUGUGGAAUGCCACAGAAGGUUGUGCGGAACAUUGAGUACAUCGCCAACUGUUACAGGGAGCAAAGGUCACACCAGGCUAAGGGUGCUGAGUGGAAGAAGGUUGCAAAGGUGAUGGAUCGUUUUUUUAUGUGGAUCUUCUUCAUCAUGGUCUUCCUCAUGAGUAUCCUUGUCAUUGGUCAAGCAGCUUGAGGGAGAUUGACUUUAAACUAUGAAUUCAAGAUGGCUGUGGUCACAACUCAAACAAGCAGCCAGUCAGAAGCUCUGAACUGUGUUCAUCAGUUCUGUAAAGCAGCCACAGUCACUGCUGAUGUGAUGGGAGACACUGCAAUGAAAAUAAACAUAUUUUGAACUCUAUUCUCAGUGCAUUACAGAAAUGGUGUAGAGCAACAAUUUAGUUCACUUAACUUAUAGUAUCAAGUAUAGAGUAAGAAUGAAGCCAUCACCAAACCAUCUUUAAUGUCAGACACAGAGUAACAAACUCUGACCCAUCAUCUCACAAUCAGUGGGUACAUGUGGGAGUUUAUCUUUGCUUUGUAGGGUGGGAGUUUUGGCUGUAGCCAAUAGAACAUUUAUCUGCCAUUCUGUACCACUCUCCCCCGAUAAUUAUACCUCUGACCGUCCUUUCUCUCUCUUCACAAUGACUUUAUAGUCAGACCUAGCCUGCUAAGCGGCACAGAAGUACAGAGGCGCCGCAUAAACUCUGAAGCAGAUCUGGCCCUGGUGUUGCAGAGCUAAGAUUCGCUCUGUCACUAUAGCUACUUGGGCUCUUAUAGCUAAGAUUCGCUCUGUCACUUUAGCUACUUGGGCUCUUAUAGCUAAGAUUCGCUCUGUCACUUUAGCUACUUGAGCUUUUAUAGCUAAGAUUCGCUCUGUCACUUUAGCUACUUGGGCUCUUAGCUAAGAUUCGCUCUGUCACUUUAGCUACUUGGGCUCUUAUAGCUAAGAUUCGCUCUGUCACUAUAGCUACUUGGGCUCUUAGCUAAGAUUCGCUCUGUCACUUUAGCUACUUGGGCUCUUAUAGCUAAGAUUCGCUCUGUCACUAUAGCUACUUGGGCACAUGCCUUCAAAAGAGACUGGCGUUCAUGGGAAUAGUUUGUCAAUCUGGUCUGGCUUCAGUUUUUUCCAUUUAGAAAGAUCUUAACCAUUACCUCUUAAUACUUCAUGAGCAGGUGGGAGAUUAAUACUUAAUAUGUGGGUGUGUUUACAUGUGUGUGUGUGUGUGUGUGCAUGCUUCUCUCUCUGUGCACUGUAAGAUAAUCUGUGUCUGGCAUGAACACACAUUAAUAAUACACACUUAAAGCUCUUACGGACACUGAAAAGAAACUUGGACGGAGGAUCACACGUUCCCAAUCCCUUUUGCAGAUUGAGUUUAGAGCACAUUUUUGUAUAUCUAUGUAUGAGGCAAACAUGACUCUUUUCACUUACGUUUGACUUCCUGGUCUUUGUAGAACAUCUGCUGAAACACCGCCCCCUUGUGAUGAAUUCUGAAACCAAACAUUUGUGUCCAAGUCACGUUGUCUCAUAAAUAAAGUCAUUUAAUCAGAACGGCAGACGAGCUGUAUAGAGCUAACCCUAGGAGGCCAGUGAUUAUUUGUGUGGAAAAUGAAAACUGCUUUGGCAAAAUGACAUGUAUGUAAAAACUCCAAUAUAGGCUACAUAUUGAUAUAAAUGUUUCGCCACAGCUGUGGAACUCACACAAGAUGGGCUAACAGUUAAGCAUGAUUUAUGUAUUGUAGAUUUGUAGUCAUUCAAAUAGAUGUUAAUGAGUUUAAACAAGUUACAGGUACAUACAUUUUAUAUUAUCACUAUACAUACACAUAUAGAGUUAAAGGUUCAGUUCAACCUGGGCACUAUUUUCAGAUCUUUUUGGGUCCAAACUUUUAGAAAGGUCAAUUAACUAUCAAAAUCGGUUCAAACAUGCUAUAACAUGCUAUAGAAUGUAAUCCCGUGGGGCAAGCAUCUGUGUCAAAGUAAACCACUUCUUUUUUUCGUGUAUCUACUAUGGAUCCAUACGGAGAUAGACUUGUGUCUGUUUACCUCAAUAACUGUAAAGAAACUAAAUAGAAAAUGACUGUGUCUAGUUUCUGUAAGUUAAGUUUCAGUUUCCUGAAGUUUCCCUUUACCUACAAACUACCUACUAAAAUCAAUCAGACGUGACAUUUAUUGUAUUUUUUAAAAUGCUUUAUUCAACUAUUUAACCACUAUAAAUACAUAAAUGCCAAAUAAGCUUUUAACAAACAAUGCAUGAUAGAAAACAGCUCCACAAAGGGAAAUUCUAGAACAUUUGGCAAUAAGGCACACUAAAAACCCUUACACACU